GCAUGUCACCAUGCGAUGCUUUUGCCAUAUUUUCCCAUGCUGACCUACUGACUGACUGAUAGUGCCUGAUUAUUGAAGAGUUUUUUGUCAGCAAGUUUGUAAUUGAUUGAUUUAUUUUUCUGUCCAGAGUAGCCUACCGUACGUCUGUCUGUACGUACCAUACCGACAUACUUUCCUGCUGUCAGGUCAGGGUACCGGUAUUGCAGUAUUGCAUAAACAACUUGAUUUGUAGUAAUUAAAAAGAUCUCACACUUGGAUUAGAAUGAGGAAGUCAAUUGAAAAGCGGAAGCUGGAUGACGAUAGUAAUAAAAUUCUUGACACUAAUAUAAAGAUAGAGGAGUCCUCUGAAGAUGAACUGAGUGAAAAUGAGUCAGAUUUUGAUUUAUCAAGUGAAGAUUCUGGUGUUGAUGAAGAUUAUUUAAAAUUGAGUGAUGAAAGAAAUCAGGAUCAAGAGAAAACAGAAUCUUCAUCAAUCAUAAAGCGAGUAACACCAUCCUCUGACGUUACAGAUGCCAAUAAUGAUGAUAAUGACACAUCUGAUGAAGAGGAUAUUAGGAAUACAGUAGGAAAUAUACCUAUGAAAUGGUAUGAGAAUUUCCCACAUAUCGGUUAUGACUUGGAUGGGAAACAAAUAUCAAAACCCAUCAGAAAUAUGGAUGAACUGGAUAAAUUUUUAGACAAAAUGGACAAUCCUGAUUAUUGGAAAACUGUUUAUGAUGAAAACACAGCUCGUGAUCAUAAAUUGACUGAAGAUGAAUUGCAACUUGUGUCAAGACUUAAGACCGGAAAAUUUUAUAAUUCAACAAUCGAUCCCUAUGAGCCUUAUGUCGAUUUCUUCACACAUGAAAAAAUGAUUCAUCCUAUCAACAAUGCACCAGCACACAAGAGAAGUUUUACACCAUCACAUCAUGAAAAACUUAAGGUUGGGAAACUUGUGCAUGCCAUCAAGAUGGGUUGGUUAAAACCUAGAAAAGAGAAAAAAGAAGAUGAACAACCUGUAUUUUUUGAUUUGUGGGCAGAUAGCAAAGAUGAAAACUUGUCACACAGUCAAAUUGCUCGUCGUAAGAUGCAUAUUCCUGCUCCAAAAGUCAAAUUGCCAGGACAUGAGGCUUCUUAUAAUCCUCCACCUGAAUAUCUAAUGUCCGAAGAAGAGAGACUGGCAUGGGAACAAGAGGAUCCAGAGGAUAGGAAAACAAAUUUUGUGCCUCAAAAAUAUGAUUGUUUACGGAAAGUUCCUCAGUAUCCUAAAUUUAUUCAAGAUGCCUUUGCAAGAUGUCUCGAUUUAUAUUUAUGUCCAAGACAACGAAAAAUGAGAGUUAAUGUUGAUCCAGAAGAUUUGAUUCCAAAAUUACCAAAGCCGAGUGACUUGCAACCAUUUCCCACAGUACAAGCUCUAUGUUAUCGAGGACAUGAAAAUAUCAUUAGGUCCAUUUCUGUUCAUCAAUCUGGACAAUGGAUCGCUUCAGGUAGUGAUGAUAAAACUAUUCGUGUUUGGGAAGUGAGUAGUGGUAGAUGUGUUCGAAUCAUUCAUACUGAUGAUGUUGUCAAAUGUGUGGUAUGGUGUCCCAAUGCAAGUGUCUGUCUGCUGGCUGCUGUAAUUGCUAAUUCAGUGGUGAUCAUCAAUCCUUAUGUUGGAGAUAGAUUGAUAUGUCAAGCAUCUGAUCAAUUGAUAAAUUCUUACGAAGAACCAUCUCAAGAAGAUACCGAAAUUGGAAAUGAAAAUGCAGCCUCUAGUCAAUUAAUACCAUGGCGUAUUGUCGAACCAGGAGAAGAAUUCAAAAAUGGUUUCAGAAUUGUAUUAGAUCAUGGAAAGGCUGUUUCCAAAGUUACCUGGCAUGGUAAAGGUGAUUAUUUUGCCACAGUAUUGCCAGGUAAUGGACAUAUGCAAGUACUUCUGCAUCAGCUAACCAAACGAAGGUCGCAAAAUCCAUUCAGUAAAUGCAAAGGAUUAGUACAAUGUGUUCUAUUUCAUCCAAACAGACCUUUCUUAUUUGUAGCGUCACAAACUAUCAUUCGUGUUUACAACCUGAUCAAACAGACGUUAAGUAAAAAAUUAAUUGCAAAUGCAAAAUGGAUUUCUAGUAUUUCUGUUCAUCCAAAAGGUGAUGAUAUUUUGGUUGGAAGUUAUGAUGGACGAUUGAUGUGGUUUGAUAUGGAUUUAUCAAUGAAACCAUAUCAAACAUUACGGUAUCACAAGCGAGCGAUUAGAUCAUGUUGUUAUCAUAAACGUUAUCCAUUAUUUGCCUCGUGUUCUGAUGAUGGAUCUGUUAUUGUCAGUCAUGGUAUGGUAUAUAGUGAUCUUCUGCAGAAUCCACUUAUUGUUCCUGUGAAGGUAUUGAAAGGUCACAGAGUAGAAAGGAAUUUAGGUGUUUUGGAUUGUUGUUUCCAUCCAUCUCAACCGUGGAUUUUUUCAUCUGCUGCUGACAACACAAUACGAUUGUUUUCAUAACUAGUCAUGAGAGAAUAACUCCGACAUUCUCCGUAGGGAUUAGGAUUCAAUUCCGCAGAAUGCCUGCCACCGUCUCUGGACUGCCAUCACUGCUGCUAGUUUAAUGAAACCAGACUGGUUUACAACGAUUCAUUAUAAGUAAUAUUUGUUACUUAAAUACACUGCCUCCACAGCAGAAUCUUUUUUGUAUGAAA